CCAACAGUGCGGCAGGACCCCAUGCUCGGCACCUCCGAGAUGUUCAACAGCUUUCUAAGGAAAGCCCAGCAGGAGACCCAGCAGAUCCCAACCGAAGAGGUUCCUCUGGAGAUCUACCUGUCUAACGGCCAGAAGGUCGAGGUCAACAUCCUGACCUCCGACCAGACAGAGGACGUCCUCGAGGCUGUUGCGUCACAACUGGACCUUCCUGAUGAGCUGGUUGGUUAUUUCAGUCUCUUCCUGGUUCGAGAAGGAGUGGARGGGGGAUUAACGUGUAAGCGUUCAACUUUAACCCCUCCCCUAACCAUUCAGAGGACUGCUAUAGGAAUGAGAUACAGUGGUAUCUGA